UAUUGUUUAUUUACAAAAAAAAUGAACUACGAGGGCGCGAAUUGUGACAUCCUACACACUUGAAUCCUACUGCAUCCGAAAUGAAUGAAAUUCCAAAGCUGAAGGCCCAAAUCGUUUCCCGUUUCAGCAUCAGUGGGUUCCAGAUCAGAAGCGAGGCAAGCAUCCUUCUGGCACAGCAUCUCGCCAGUCUUCCAACUGCGGAUCGCAAAGAAUGGCUCAACAACAUUGCCAAUCACAUCCAGGGCCAAAGUCUGAACUUACCGGUGGUAGAAAAAAAACACAUCGAACUGGCCAUCACGGAGGGCAGCAAUAGUGAUCUGGACAGCAACGAGACCGUUUUUAGCGUAAUCAACGCUUUUGACGUUCCCAAAUUUAAUUAUUGCGACGAGAAGAAAAAAUUCCUGCCGGGAGCAGGCAGAUCGGGAUUAUUUCCCGGAUCUGAGGUGAAAGCAGAAUAUAUGAGGGAGCGUUACAAGGUGCUUUGGCAGAUAACCAGCCGCCAUGAAUUGUUUAAUCCCAACAAGAACUCAAAGGACAAACCUGUGAAGCAGUUAUCACUACGUAAAAUUGAAACACUGCUUUCCGCUUCCAAAGCGAACGAUGUUGUGAUUCUCGGUCUUUUGACACAACUGACGGAGGGCAAAUUCUUUCUGGAGGAUCCAACAGGAGUGGUUCCAAUUGAUCUUAGUCAUGCGGUAUAUUCGUCCGGAUUCUUCUGCGAGGGUAGCUUCGUGUUGGCAUGUGGAAAGUAUAGUGACGGCACGCUUGAAGUCUAUGAAAUGGGGUUUCCUAUAUCGGAACCGGGCUCCAGUAGCAGGGCAUAUUUCGGUACGGUCAAUACCUGGGGAGGACGUUCCAAAAGCCUGCUGAAGUACUCCGACAAACUGGCGCGCCUGGAAGGCACAAAACAUGAGGAAUGUUUAGUUUUCCUUUCGGACUGCUGGCUAGAUAAUCCUACCGUAAUGGGAAAGCUUGAGCAGCUGCUCCAAGGAUUCAACGAAGCUGCCCCGAUUGCAAUCGUUCUGAUGGGUCCAUUCGCCAGCAGAACGAACGAAAAUAUUUACUCUCUCAAAAGCCACUUCCGAGCGUUGGGUGAAAUUCUGUCCAUCUGUGAUAAUCUUAAGACAAAAUCCGACGUCGUCCUGGUGCCAUCGAGUGAUGAUCCAGCUGCGGGGAGUAUUUUACCGCGACCACCACUUCCGGAGUGUAUUGCUGGCGAGUUGAGAAAAUAUUUUCCAAGAAUUGUUCUAGCUACCAAUCCGUGUAGAUUGCAAUACUGCACGCAACAAAUUGUCGUCUGCCGGGUGGAUCUGGUGACAAAGCUCUGCAGAAAUACGAUUCAUUUCCCUACGAGUGGUCAACUGGAGGAUCAUUUUGCGCGUACCCUCAUUAGCCAAGGAACGCUUGCACCGCUCCAUCCGAUAGCGCUUCCAAUUCACUGGAACUAUGAUGCAGCGCUGUCGCUUUAUCCGCUACCUGAUUUAGUUGUGAUUGGCGACCCGUGCCAGGGUUUCCAAACGACGGAACAGGAGUGUACCGUAAUGAAUACAGGAUCGUUUCCCAAGUCCAAAUUCGCUUUCAAAGUCUACAUCCCGUUCAGCCGAACAGUCGAAGACUCUCAAAUACCCGAUGACGACUAGGAAUGAACGAUUUUUUUCUAUUUAUCAUGAUCACAAUAUACGUUUGAAACGCUUGA